UUUAUUCCCCUUGCAGCUCUUUGACUUUUUUUUAAACUAUAAUUUCGCCCUUUUCAAUUAGACUACCUUGGUCUAAGAUAGAAUAUUUCCCCGUGUCUAUAGCUGUACACCUCAUCUGUUAAUUUAUUGUACCACGUUAGUUCUGCCCGCGGUGACUUGGCUCUCAUCCCGUCAACAACAACAUUUAUCCCUCCAUCCAUCCAUCUCCGUCUUCCGCUUUCCCCAUCUCUCCAAAUCCACGUGUUUACUUUGACUCUCAGCGUACCCCCUGCAUAACCCCCACCCCCUUCUUUGUUCUAUAGCUCCGGUCCAUGGGCUCUAUAGUCCCUUCAAUCUCUGUUAGUCCCACUUCGCUAUCCACUCGGAGUCCAUGACAUCGCCCGGAGAUGCUGCUCCGGUCAGACCUCCGCCGUCCUUCUCGCCCGGCGUUCCGCGAGUUGCAUCAAAGACGAGAUACCCAGAUCAGCGCCGCGACUCCUCUCCGAAUCUAGAUUCGGAUCUAGUAGAUUCGAGAAUCGCCUCAUCCCCCCCACAACCCCCUCUUUCAGCCACCGCUGCGGAGCUACCGAUUAGAUCCGCAUCGCCCCAUGCUCGUUCUAUAAGAUCCUCAACGCCGCGAUUGACUCGAUCAUCACUGAGCUCUCCAACGGAAGGACGACUGGAUGGUUCUGACGAUAUACGCUCUUUGAUUAUACGCUCAUUCUCACCGGUAGUCGGCGUUUAUGCCUCAGUCGAUACCGACGAAUUAGUCCGACAAAAAGGCUUUAAAGGGGGUUUUUGGGAGCUCAUACGCCCCUUUGGAGAAACUGUUCCAGGAAAGAUUGUGGUGCGCGACAGUGUAGGGGCAAGUCGUAGCUGGGAAGAUUAUGGGGUUCGGUUUGUCGACCUAGGGGGACAGCUACAGGUUCCUUCAGACCCCCCUCUGACACAAUUGGAGGAAGCGUUGGAGAGGCAAUUGAAGUCGCCAGAUGAUCCACUGGGAGGUAUACUACGUCCAAAAGACUUUUUCAAUUUUCCUUCAACGUCUCCAUUGUAUAAAUCCUUUUUGCGCCAGUUGCUAUCGGUCGCGUCGCCUACCCCUCAUGAGACGUUCCGACACCCCGUAGCAAGCGUUAUUGUCAUUAGCUCACGCAACACAUCUCCUCUCGAGACUCUAAGACGGUUAUAUGCGGACACCAGCAAUGGAGACAGAAGGCUACCGGAGUGGGUCCAUCCUGAGUACCUCCGGUACUAUGUCCUGGUUCACGACGAGGAUCGGGAUGAUAUCACGGAAUCAACGAAGCUUUACGACCAAAUGAAACGCCACUUUGGGCUACACUGCCAUCUUUUGAGACUGCGCAGCAACCAAUGCAUUGUGACCGAUGAUGACAGCUGCCAAGCACCAGAAUGCGAAUGGCUCUCCCCCGCGGAGCGUCUGUCAGGUCAAUCAGAGCCUCUAGUCGAUCUAGAUACAGAUGGCCUUCCUUAUCUGUUUGAGUCUGAUGUCACAGCCAUCAAAGCAUUCGUUCGAGAGCUUGUCGCUCAGUCGGUGAUCCCGUACAUGGAAAGUCGGGUGACUAUAUGGAAUGAUCAGGUAGCAUCGCGGAGGCGCGGUAUUAGUGGUCGAUUCAUGUCAAUGUCGCGUCGAUGGGCGGGUUUCGGAUCCAGUUCUCGAUCCAGCCUUAUCGGCUCUAGCGGUGGAACGAGCGGAAAUUACGACCUUACUCAUGGCUUCUACAAACCGGACGUGCCCGAAGCUGUACUGCGAAAAAUGGCGGAUUAUGCCUUUAUGCUUCGUGAUUGGAAGUUGUCAGCAUCCACUUACGAACUUCUCCGGUCAGACUAUGCAAAUGACAAGGCGUGGAAGUACCAUGCUGGCGUCCAUGAAAUGUGCGCAGUGAGCACGCUUCUGAACCCUCUUUCCAUGCCUGGAAAAGCCAAACUCGAUGGCGUCGAUCAGAUGAUUGACACUGCGUGCUAUUCCUACCUCACAAGGUGUUCGGACGCCACCCUUGCCUUGCGCUGUCUUACUAUGUCUAUGGAAUUGCUCAAGUCUCGUGGGGGGUCGGGGAUUGAAAGUGCGGCUAGAUGGGCCAUGCAGGCCAUGGGCUCAGGUUUAGUCGGAUCUCAUGGUCAGGCGCUUUUCUGCGAAAGGAUCUCAGCUUGCUAUGCCUCCCGAAACGCAAUCCACGGAGUCAAAUGGGGCUCCCGGCACAGAAAGGCUGGGAUGUGGAGUGUUCACGCCGCAGACCGAUGGCUUAAACUAGGGAAGCCAUCACUAGCCUCUGCGUCUCUCGAGGAGGCUGAGCGUCUGUAUGCAAAUACUCUAGAUAGCAAUGGCGCGUUUCCCAUGUCGGAAAUGCAAGCCUUUGUGGACAACUUGAGAUAUGCCGUGAAGCUUGAAUAUCUUGAAUCUAGAGGCUUAGAUGCCAGGGAUGAGGCGGUCACGGCCGAUCCUCUGGACGCCUUCGAAACCGAAGAGAUAAGUGAAAAACUAGACAAGCGGCAAAACCGGAAAUCACUGAUUGUUAAUCCGAUGGAUUCUGGAGGUCUCAACCCUGGUCAAGGACCAAGAGAUGAUGAUAAUCCUGCAAAUGACGAUUUUGAACGAGCUUAAGGGUGCAUGUCUAAUAAUAUAUUGGGCGUACAAAGAAAGGAUAUUUGAUAGACACACGACCAAUUUAAUUAUUUAUGCCUAGG